GGGACUAGGGUGCCGGAGGUGCGGGGAGAACCGGCCUAGCUGUAGGGGUGGUUAUGGUUAUCGUUGGGUCGGCAACUUAGUUUUCUAUGUUUUUAUUUUUAUUUUGCCAUUGCCGCUGUCGAAACUGGCCUGUCAUAUCUUCACGCGGUGUGCGUGGAGCCAGGGGUCGUCUGUAAGGAGUAGUCCGGUUAGGAACGUAAGAGGACACUGCCAUUAAAUAAAUAAUUAGUAAAAAUAAUAAGUCUAGCAUUGUGAAAAGCGUUGGUUGGUGUUUAUAAUGCCACGCUGGGUAUGGCUUAUAAGAAUUUUUAAUGUGUGGUUCUUGAAGUGUGCUUUUAUAAAGGUGAGUGUCAGAGCCGUAAGCAAGGGAGUGUCGCAAAAGUCCCGGGCCACUGUAUAUUUCUUUACGCACGUUGCCUCCAUUUAUACUGCUGUGUUUAGAUUACAUGGUAACAAUAGCGAGGCAUAGAUACGUCUGAAGAAGGCAGAAAUCGAAACGUUGUAGCUAAUAUUUAAAAUAGCAAGUUAUCGGUUAUUUUUCUUCUUCAUUAGCUAUGUCUAGUGAUUGAGUACUUUGGCUCCUGGUUCUCCUUGGCUAUACUAUAGAUCAGUUUCCUGCAUUAUUUUGGCCGCGUCAUGAUACGCUGCAUUAUUGUAACAAGCAGCUGCAUCUGCCAUGGUCUGACUGCAGUAUUCUCAGAUUGUGCUUUGAUGUACCGUAUUGUAGUGUAGGGCUUCUAGCAACGGACGGACCCCACAUUUAAUUAAAAAAGCGGUUUAGGCUGCCACGAUCACUCAAGAAUUGGGGUUUGACCUGUGUCGGUUAACAGUAGUGCUCAAUACCGCGCGUAAUUCACCUAUUCAUUGUGACGAAUUUAACGCAGUAAUUGAUUUAUUUCUGUUUUCCUGUUUUUACAUUUUGCCAUUCGUGGGAAAGCUGCUAUUGACUAUUUUCUGUGCAACUUUAAUAAAAACUGUCCAGACUGUGAAUGAGGAGGGGGCUUUGAUAAAUCAUAAAUCGCACCACUCCAUGAUGGUAUUAUAACAGUGCUGCAUGGCCCGAUUAUUCAGAUUGAGUGCUUGCAGUCAGGUGAAGGUCUUCGUUUUCUUUUUGUAUUCACCUCUUCACUGUUUCUCUUUUCCCCUUUCAAUGCUUCCAAAGGAGGUGAAAAGAUGAACAUGCAGCCGCAUCCCUACCUGCUGAAGACUGUAUGGAUAGACAAGCCCAAGUACGACGAGGCAGAGAGGCUCUACCACGAGGAAUGUGCCACGUCUGCUGCCCUGGAGGGGGGAGAGAAAACUAAUGUCGAGAAGCGGGAGGAGAGCUUCACCACAGGCAGUGGUGGGGAGGUCCAGGCGUCUUCCCCAGAAAGCCUCAACGGAGAGCCGACCAAGAAGAAGCAAAGAAGACGCAAACGAUCGCCCAAAAUCAAGAGCCAGCAGGCCAGGCUAGGCCAGGCAUUGGCUGGAAUGAUGUCUGAAACCGUCUGGUUUGAGAAAUCCCGUUUUGAGGAAGCGGAGUGCGCUUAUCAGAAGAAGCUGGCAGAUUAUCGGUCCCACUUUGCUCUUCCAAAGGCCCCGGAGCCUAAGCUCCAGGCAAACUGUAACGUGGCACAUUGCAAAAACAGGGAUGUGGUCGCCUGCCACCAUGUAGUGGACUGCGUCUGGCUCAACAAGCCUGCCUUUGAUGAUGCGGAGCGCAGUUUCAUGGAAAGAUUGCUUCCUUACUCCACCCCGACCUCUCUGGCUAUUGUGCCCCUCACAGCUGGUUCAACUACUGCUGCCAUGCAAACCCCGGAUGACGAGGGUUACCUGACCGCUACCCCAACGCCUGCCACCCCGGGCCUUUCCCUCCUGGAUCACUCGAACCAUACCGUUCCGGUUUUACCCGCUCCCUCCACCCAGUCCAUCAACGGGAAGCCCCAGGUCCCUAGCUGCUUACGACAGCUAGUCUCCGGGGUGUGGCUGGAGAAACCAAUCUACGAUCAGGCUGAGAAGAGUUACUAUGAGCGCCUCUGCGAUGGCUUUUCCCCCGCAGCCUCCAUGCAGAAGGGGAGAAAGAACAGGAGGAACAAGAAGGCCAGCAAGGAGGCCGGAGCAUGCAACCGUACAUCGGGGUCUGAGAGUAAUAACGGGUUUGGCUUCUCUGCGACGGUGGCUGACAGUAAUGGCAGCGUUUCACAAGGGACCAUGGAAGAGGAGGACGACGGACGGCUCGUUCUAAAGGCUAAAGAAGCAGAGAGUAAUGUGAUAUCUGUCCCUCUCUCUGUCCAAGGCCACCUUUCCAAGGCAUCCGUUCGCGGAGAAGAGGUACUACGAAGCAGCCUCUGA